GCUCAACUAACAACUUUUUCCUCAACUCAGUUCUAUUUUCUCAUCACUUUUUUGGACUUAAGUUUUAGCUAAAUUUGAUCCAUUCACAUAUAUUUAUAUAAAUAACAUUACUUUACUGAGAUUUUAUAGAUAUUAGCUUUUCAAUUCUCAAUUGUGGUUUUUAUAUAUCUCAGAGAAGAAUGUCAAAUUACUCAGUCAAAGUUGAAGAAAGCCGGCCAGCUGCUGACGGAAAGCCGUCAGCAGGGCCAGUUUAUAGGAACAUUUAUGCUAAAGAUGGUCUCAUGGAAAUGCCUACUCAUUUUGAGUCACCUUGGGAUUUCUUUAGUGAAUCAGUUAAGAAAAAUCCCAAAAAUCAAAUGUUGGGCUGCCGUCAGGUUGUCGACAAAAAGGCAGGUCCCUACAAUUGGCUGACAUAUGAGGAGGUUUAUGAAACCACAGUUAAGAUUGGUUCAGCCAUUCGAAGCUGUGGUGUUAAUCCAGGAGACCGGUGUGGCAUAUAUGGUGUGAAUUGUCCUGAGUGGAUAAUGGCAAUGGAGGCUUGUAACAGCCAAGCAAUUUCAUAUGUACCACUCUAUGAUUCUCUUGGUGCAAAUGCAGUUGAAUUUAUCAUAAACCAUGCUGAAGUUUCAAUAGCUUUUGCUCAAGAAAGCAAGAUCCCGGCUAUCUUAUCAUGCUUGUCUAAGUGCAAUUCUUACCUAAAAACUAUCGUCAGCUUUGGAAACAUUUCCAGCAUGCAGAAAAGUGAAGCUGAGGAACAAGGAGUGGUUUGCUUCUCAUGGGAAGAGUUUGUUCAAAUGGGAAGUUUGGAUCAUGAGCUUCCUGAGAAAAGGAAGAAUGAUAUUUGCUCAAUUAUGUACACUAGCGGAACUACUGGAGAACCAAAGGGUGUCAUUCUGACUAAUGGUGCUUUCAUGGGAGAAGUUCUGUCGAUGGAUCAACUUCUCGUUGAAACAGACAAAGCGGGAACGGGGGAGGACGUGUACUUUUCGUUCCUUCCACUGGCUCAUAUAUUUGAUCAAAUAAUUGAGACAUAUUGCAUAUACAGGGGUGCUUCAAUAGGAUUUUGGCAAGGCGACAUUAGAUACUUGAUAGAGGAUCUUAUGGUAUUGAAGCCAACUAUAUUCUGUGGAGUUCCACGAGUUUAUGACCGAAUAUACACAGGGGUGAUGGAUAAAAUUGAAGCUGGAGGUACAUUAAAGAAGCUGCUUUUCCAGUACGCAUACAACUACAAAUUAAGGAAUAUGGAGAAGGGACUCAGACAAGAUGAAGCAGCCCCGCGCUUUGACAGGCUUGUUUUUGACAAGAUUAAACUAGCAUUUGGUGGACGAGUUCGUCUGAUGCUUUCUGGAGCUGCUCCUUUGCCCAAGCACGUCGAAGAAUUUCUCAGGGUGACAUGUUGCUGUUCUUUAUCACAAGGAUAUGGUCUUACUGAAAGUUGUGGAGGAUGUCUCACAUCCAUAGCCAAUGUAUACUCCAUGACAGGAACUGUUGGUGUUCCAAUGACUACAAUUGAGGUAAGACUUGAGUCAGUGCCAGAAAUGGGAUAUGAUGCUCUUGCAAGCAUGCCUCGUGGCGAAAUUUGUCUGAGGGGAAAAACCUUGUUUUCGGGGUACCAUAAACGAGAAGAUCUUACAAAAUCUGUACUUGUGGAUGGAUGGUUUCAUACAGGUGACAUUGGUGAGUGGCAGCCAGAUGGAGCAAUGAAAAUCAUUGACCGGAAAAAGAAUAUAUUCAAGCUGUCCCAAGGGGAGUAUGUGGCUGUAGAAAACAUUGAAGGCAUAUACUCCAGAUGCCCUCUGGUUAUAUCACUGUGGAUAUAUGGAAACAGUUUUGAAUCCUUCCUAGUGGCUGUGGUAGUUCCAGAAAGAAAGGCACUUGAAGAUUGGGCCUCGAGCAAUCAAGAAACCGGAGAUUUUUCAUCUCUAUGCAAUAACACAAAGGCAAGGAAGUACAUAUUGGAUGAACUCAACAGCACUGCUAAGAAACACCAACUUCGAGGAUUUGAAAUGUUACGUGCAGUUCAUUUGGAGACAAAUCCUUUUGACCUUGAGAGAGAAUUAGUUACCCCUACAUUCAAACUCAAAAGGCCACAGCUGCUCAACUAUUACAAGGAUAUUGUCGAUCAACUAUACAAAGAAGCAAAGGCAAAAACUGCAUAGAAGCCAUACAAAUUGCAAGUGCUAAUCAAUUUGCAAGCUUCUAUUGAUUCUUUUGAAAGUUCAAUGCUAAUAUCGAGUGCUCAUUACGUAUAAUCUACAUUAAGAACUUGAUACAUCAGAAAGACCAGAUAUAUAUGUACUGUCCCAAUCCUUUCCUUUAAUUUAUGUAUAUAUGAACUUCAUCAAAAUAACAAGUAAUGAAUAUUAAGUAUCUUGAAUUUAA